AUGGAGUGCUCUCACGCCACCUCACACCUCUACAUCAGCAAGAGGAGUUGUCCUCCCUUCUCUCAGUCCAGGGGCCCGUCUCCCCCCUCCAAAGCCCCUCUCAGCUCCCAGCGAAGACUGGGCUCCAACUGGGAGGAGGAGGAGGGUCCGGCUGCAAAUGUCAAGCCGGGUCAAGCAGACAAAUUCAACCUCACGGACUUGAAAGACUCCCUCAAAGCGCUGGAUGACUCCUCGGAGAUCCGCUGGCUGACAGAGUUGUUACCGCUGUGUGUGGAGGGUCAGACUUUCAUGAGCAUGGGGAACCAACAGGGUGCCGGUCGGGAGUCUUCAGCAAAAUCCCCAAGGAUCCAAAACCCCCGGGACAGAAGGAUGAGAUCGGAGGGGAUCGUUAACGCUGGAGCCCUUCACCAUAACGUCAAGAUCCCCCCUGGGUCUCCUCGGGUGCCCUCCAAGGUAAAGAGGCCGACGAAGCUUCAGAUGUCGAGCUCCGCUACGUCUGGAGAGUGUGACUUCAAGGUGGACAGGCCCAUCAGGAGAAAGGGAGUUUCUGUAGAGGACAAGGAGAACAAAACUGCCCGGACACAGGAGAUAAAGCCGGUGUGGAGAGUGAAGUCGCCCGAUGCUGCAGCUGAAAAGUUUUCUAGAUCUAACGCUCAAAAAGCUCCUCUCUCACACAAGAGGGAUUUACCCAGAAAGGAUGAAUGUGCACUUCCCGACUCAGACACUGACCAUUCUGAAUACGACAACGAGACGUCCUCAGCGUACAUCACUCAGCCUCGUCUCGACUCCAAUAGAAGGACAGAGGAGAGAGCCAGGGGCGCAGCGAAGGCCCAGACCACCCAGUCAGGAGGUCCGACCCAUGAGGACAGGAAGCCAGAGGUCGGGGAGGUGAAGUCCCCUCAGCGGUGGUUUGAGGAGCUGGGGAAGAGGGCUGCAGCUCGGCGGGUGAUGGGCAAAAUCGAAGAGGUUGAGGGAAUCAUACGAAGGGUGAGUCUCACGAGCUCGGACUGGAUCAAUGAGGGCAGUGACGCCGAUGAACCCCAGUUCGUCCCCGAUGGAAGCAAGGGCGACGAUCAUCUGCAACAAAGAUCUAAGGCUGAAUUCACGUCUGAUUCCCUGAGUGAGACACAGAAUAAGUCUUUACCUGUGGAAGAACUUCGAGUCCUUUGUGAAGCUCUGAGCCAGAGCCUCCAUCAGGCUCUGAGGAUGGAGGGAGCGAAGUCAGAUAUCGAAGAUCUCAUUGAGGACAAACCGACCUAUUGUGAGAAGAAUUCAAAGGGAUCGAAAAGGAAGGAUCGACCAUCGCAUCUUUACGAGUGUUCAAACAAUUCUUCAGCUGGUAGAGAAACUUCCCCUGCAAGGUCACCGACCCUGUCCACAGUCCUGGAUGUUUCUCCACCAACAUCAGGCAGCUUCGACGCCAUGUCCCCGAUUUUGUCUCCUUUGUUUUCGUCCUCUCUGCCUCUGAACCUGACUGAUCAGCGUGAGGAGGACGAGUGUCAGAGUCACACAGUGCAGACACAAUCGGCAGAAGACAGUUUAUUCUCUAGAGACUGUGGAGGUGCCAAGGAGAAGGAUGAGAGGAAUCCAAAGAGGAAGUGGUCAUGGUCGAGUCUCGGGCUGAGUGAAGACAUUCAGACAGACGGACGCACCAAUGAGACAGAGGACAACCACCAUUCAUCCUCAGACGAAGCUCUACAGAGGCUGGAGGAGAUCUGGCAGCAGGAGGUGGAAGAGUCUUUCUCCUUCAGUCGGUUCCUCUCUCAUCCGUCCAGACCCAAACACAUCGACUUCCUGCGCAUCACUGCUGCUGAGGACGACAUCACUGAUACACCCACAGCCACACCUCUCCCCCCGGAGGUCAGGUCAGAGGCUUCCACGCCGGGGGAGGGGGAGGAGCGGACUCCUGGUCGGUUACAAGCCGUCUGGCCGCCAGUCAAGGAGGAGAAAGUCGGGCUCAAGUACACUGAAGCAGAGCAUCAGGCGGAUCUGCUGCAGCUGAAGAGAGAAUGCAAAGAGGAGCUGGAGAAGUUACAGGAGGAGUUCGGUCGGGAGCUGUCCAGACUCCGGGUGGACAACGAGGACAGCGUGGCCCGGCUGGAGUUCACCGUGGCCGAGCUGCAGGCCCGACUCUCCCAGGCCGGGAGCCAGUGCCGAGGGGAAGUCAGAGACGUCUCCGUGUCCACUGGAGACGACUGGUUACAGAAGUCAUUCCGCACCGUCUGCGUCCAGACGGACAGAGAGACCUUCGUCAAAACCCCAGAGGACGGAGAGGGCGCAGGGACGAGUCCCCGGCCGCAGAAGGUGACCCCCAGGAAGCUGGACCUGGCCUCCAUCAGCCUGAGCCUGGCUGGUCAGUGGGAGGAAACAGCGCCCCCUGGGCCUCCAUCGCAGACUCCGCCUGCUCCUGGAGCCGCGUUCCCUCCAACAGAACAAGCAGCAGCACCUGCUGAGGCAACGUUAACACACAAAACACACAAUCUCCUUCCUCCUCCACCUCCUCCACCACCACCUCCUCCAUCCAUGCCAGGCUUAGCCCAACCACUUCCUCCUCCUCCACCACCACCACCACCACCUCCUCCAUCCAUGCCAGGCUCAGCCCCCCCUCCUCCUCCUCCACCACCACCACCACCACCUCCUCCAUCCAUGCCAGGCUCAGCCCCCCCUCCUCCUCCUCCUCCAGGUGGAGGUUUCUUAUUGGAUAAACCUCCCAGGAAAGAAGCGGUGGAGCCGUCCAGACCCAUGAAGCCUCUUCACUGGACCAGGAUCCAGAUGCAGGACAACAACAUCGACACACUGUGGAACCUUUUAGAAGAACCGAACAUAAUAAACGCCGGCGAGUUUGAGGAUCUUUUUUCCAAAAGCACGACACAGACCAAAAGGAAGCCGCUGUCUGAGGCGUACGAGAAGAAAGCCAAAUCCAGGAAGAUCAUUAAGCUGCUGGACGGUAAGCGCUCUCAGGCCGUGGGCAUCCUCAUAUCAAGCCUCCACCUGGAGAUGAAAGACAUUCAACAAGCUGUGCUGACUGUGGACCACUCUGUUGUGGACCUGGAGACCAUUGAAGCUCUGUAUGAAAACAGAGCUCAGCCCGAUGAGCUGGAGAGGAUCAAGAAACACUACGAGAUGUCGGAGGAGGAGAAAGUCAAACUCCUGGACAAACCCGAACAGUUCCUGUACGAGCUGUCUCAGAUCCCAGACUUUGCAGGAAGAGCUCACUGCAUCAUCUUCCAGUCGGCGUUCAUCGACACGAUGGGGUCCGUCCAACGCAAGCUCAGCACAGUCUCCUCCGUCUGCAAGGCCCUGGUGGAGAGUAACGACGUGCGGGAGAUGAUGGGGCUGGUGCUGGCUCUGGGGAACCACAUGAACGGGGGCAGCAGGACCAGGGGUCAGGCUGACGGCUUCGGCCUGGAGAUCCUCCCCAAGCUCAAGGACGUGAAGAGCAGAGACAAUCGCAUCAGCCUGGUGGACUAUGUGGUGUCAUACUACCUGCACAACGUGGACAAGAACGCCGGCACAGACAAGAGCAUGUUCCCCCUCCCUGAACCCCAGGACGUCUUCCUGGCAGCACAGGUCAGGUUCGAUGACCUCAACAGGGACGUGAGGCAGCUCGGACGAGACCUCACAAGAUGUGAGAACAGUGUGAAGGAGGUUUGCUCCAACUCACCUGAAGAACAUCUGCAGCCGUUCAAAGACAAGAUGGAGGCUUUUGUUCUCAGUGCACGAAAGGAACAUUCAGAAACUUCCUAUCAGAUGGUGACUGUGCAAAAAAGUUUUCAGGACUUGGUUCUGUACUUCGGGCUGAAGCCGAAGAGCGGAGAGAAGGACGUGACUGCCGCUCAUUUCUUCAUGCUCUGGUUUGAGUUUUGUGGCGACUUCAAAGUCAGGUGGAAGAGGGAGAAUAAGACGAUCUCUAACGAGAGGUUGAAGGAAGCUCAGCUCUCAGUGAAGCGAAUCACUGCGGAGAAGAAAGUGGAAACGAGGAAGAUCAACGGCAACAGCCUGAAACAACGCCUGCGUCAGAAAGAAGCCAGCAUGUCUUCAACUUGAGAGACGUCACCUCUAACUUCAC